UCGUCCCCUCCAUUCAUUUCCUUCCUCUCCGUGACAUACAACCACCGGCUCCUCUCAUAAUCUUUGAGAUUUUCUUUUGUUUUAUUUUUCUUUCUUGGUAGGAGUAACAAUAGUUUUGGUCCUCCUCCUUUGUCUCGCCCUGUAUCUAAGGACACAAAUCAAUCCAGAGGCAAAGCUUCAGGGUCUGUAAAUUUUCCGGAUCUAAUCUACUAACCACAAAACCCAAAAAAAGGAGCCAUGAGCCACUUCGCCCCCGCCAUGAAGAGCCCUGUCCCGGUCACCGCCGCGGCCGCCACCGACGCGAAGAGCCCGCUCUUCUGCCCCAAGCCGCGACGCCCGGUCGCGCCUCUCCGGUGCCAGCAGAGCGACGCCGGCAUGGACCUGCUCGACCUCCUCCUGUCAAAGGGCGAGGAGAGCAGUCUUUCGGCAGCGUCCCCGCAGCCACCGCUAUUCUGCGGCUCGCCGCCGCGGCGGGCGUCGAACCCGGUGGUCAACGAUAGCCGGUUCGGGAUGGACCUCCCCGGCAGUCCCAUGCCGUGGUGGCCGGUGAUGUCACCGGCCACGCCGGCGCCAGUGGCGGUCCGCCCAACCUCGCGCCCGGCGCCGGUGCCGGUCCGCCCUACGGCACGCCCGGCGCCGUCGCCCAUGGCGUCGCCGCGCUCCGCGACAGGGUGCGCUCGCGUUUUCCAGCCAGCCGUCCGCGUCGAGGGUUUUGACUGCCUCGACGGGGGCCGAAGCGGCCGCGGCCAUGGCAUCACCGCCAUGGUCUAGAUGCACAUACAACAUCGAAUAACCAGGAAAUCUUUCUCCCCUCUUCAAUAGUGCAAAAGCUUGGAGGGGAGAGAGAUGAGAGUGAGGAGACGAGUGAGAGGAAUCCAAGUCCUAAAAUUUAACCCCAAAAAACCAUAUAAUCCAUCAAUCCAGUCCUAUCCAUCCUACAAGUAUAAUGCUUAGGUAAUUUUACCACAAAUCUUUUUGUAUGUAAAUAAACUUCAGGUUCAGGUGCCCUUCAUGUAAAUUUGGGAGCUCUAGUUUGGGGGGAAAGGGGGUAGAAAUUUAGUUGGGAGGAUCAGGGACAGAGGGCACAAGAAAAACAAAGUUCAGCCCUUUGCCUUUCCUUUGGGAUUAGCCAUUCAAUUAGGUUUGAGGGAGGGAGGGGAGGGUUGGGGAUUAGUUAGGUGCCUGUCCUAGUUCAUUUGCUAUCAUGCUUAGUAAUUUUGGUUUAUGAUGGAAUUGUUUUUUGUCCAUGCAACCAAGAAAUCCCAAGGCCAAGGCCAUAGAGAUGUGUACAAAAGAGUGGCUACCAGAAGAGAGAGCAGCAGCUAGGUUUAUUUAAGUUGAGUCAAUGAGUGAGUUGUGUGUGAGAGAAAGAAAGAUCCAUUUCAUGAUGUAUUUGUGAUAUCUUUCUCUUUGUAAAUGUAAUAUAUCGUGUUCGAUUCUCAAUGAAGUAACAUAUGUAUGAUAUCUCA